UCCCUGCCGCGCAUAAACCGCCCCCCCUCCAUGCAAAACAGUGACCCCUGCCCCAGGCUACGGCGAGCCCCACGGGGUCAAACAAAACAUCAGCCGAACGACGUCUGCCGAUAGGGGGGAAGCGCGCAAACGCGAUUUUUUAUUCGUCACCGAUUUCACAACAACAACAGCAGCAGGAGCAGCAGCGCGGUCUCUGCCCACCCCCUUCGCAGUCGAUCUACGUUACAGCGGUAAAAGCCCGGGGCCACCGCCGCCGCUGUCGCUUGCUUGCUUAGCGGAGCCGAGGAGAAUAACGAGGGAGGAGCAGGACGGGAGAGGAGAAGAGGUAGAGUGAGAUGGAGGCGACCGAGACGGGAGCGGCCGUGCCGGCGGGCGCGGCGUACGGAGCCGGGCGGGCGGGAGGAGCCUUCGACCCCGUGGCCUUCAUGAAGCAGCCGCACUCCAUCCUGCGGGUGGUCAGCUGGUUCUUCUCCAUCGUGGUGUUUGGCUGCAUUGUCAACGAGGGCUACACAAACAACCAAGGCUCCAAGCUGCACUGCAUCUUCAACGGCAAUGGGGAUGCGUGCCGCUACGGCAUCACGAUCGGCGUGGUGGCGUUCUUCGCCUGCGUGGCUUUCCUGGCGCUCGAUGCCUACUUCCCGCAGAUCAGCAGCGUCAAGGAUCGCAAGCGCGCAGUACUGGCCGACCUGGCUUUCUCCGCUUUCUGGGCCUUCAUGUGGUUUGUGGGCUUCUGCCUCCUGACAAACCAGUGGCGAGAAACACCCGACAGCAAGGUUCCCAAUGGAAUUGGAGCAGACAGUGCUCGCGCUACCAUCGCCUUUUGCUUCUUCUCCAUCAUCUCUUGGAGUGGGAUCGCCUUCCUGGCAUUGCGGAGGUUCCGUCUGGGUGCCGACGCGGCGUUCUCUUCACCGUUCGGGGACGGUGGGGCCGGCAUCGCUGACGGCGACAACAUCAUGCCGGUGCCGACGCCGCCCUACGCCACCGGCAGUGGGGUGGAGGGCGAGGAGGCUUACAGCAAGCCUCCCUUCUCCCAAGCAGUGCCUACCGCAAACACAUUCGCUACGCCUGCAUACUGAGUGUUGGAAAAUAAUGUUAUUGGGAUUUGGCUUGGGUUGCAAUUUAUUGGUCGUAGUAUUAAGACUCUGUCUAUGAAAGUAUAAAAAUGAGGUUGCAUUGGCCAAUGCUGCAAAUGCGGUUACUUCUGUGAGCUGCAAUUACCCUUUAAGUUAUCUAAAAGUGAGCUUAUAUUAGCUUUGAACAUUUUUAUGAAAGCCACAUAUGUGUUUGCUACACUAAUGGGCAAGUGUAUGAUUGAGCAGAAAUGUACCUAUUGAGGUUAAUCAUAAAAAUGUGUUCUCAUGAUGAUUAUUCUGUUCUGUACUGUCCAUAACGUGCAUGGAAAUUCACAGAGUGUAUACAAAAGUUGCACAGACAUUUUACAGUGGACGCAUUGCAAAUGAAUGUGCACAAUACCAAAUCCUGUAAUUGCUAUCUUUAUCAUAUUUUUUUUACAUCUGUUUCAAAUUCGGAUAUAGAAAUGAUAAUGAUAAAGUUCCACUCCUGCCUCAUUUUUACAACGGUUAUGGUUGAUUGCAUCCAUUACCACUCGUUUGUCCUGAGCGAGGUGUUUCUGUUUUGUGUGCUUAAACAGUUGCGAGUUUGUUUCUAUUUUGUGCGUGUCAGCACUUCAUCGCGUUUGAUUUGUGGAGGUAUUGGCUACUCCAUAAUGCCAAAUGUCAUUGACAGCCUCUGCAUGCUUUAUCAAAUAUUGGAUUGUUACAUCAGAAGGCUUCUUCUGCCGAGUCCCCACAGUAUUAUCUGUUACUCAUACACCCGAUCUCUGCUUCAUCUUACUUUGAUGUUAAAUUAUUUAGCAACCAUUAAGUGCUUAAGUUACAGUUAACGAUGCAAUAAUCCAAGAUUUUAAUUUAAGUUUAAUGUGCAAAUUAUAUAACUGGACAUGAUUGGUUAUUUUAUAGCCUGUUUAAAAUAUUGUAAAAAGGGGAAGGUUUUGGGGAAGAUUUUAAGGAAGUCGUAUGAGGGUUAAAUGUACCUUCACCUAAAUGUGAUAAAGCAAACCUAAUUAGAAAAAAACUACUUUAAAAUUAAGUUUGGAAAUAAGGAUAAUUAUAUGCAGCAAUUUUAUUUUUAAAUAAAAUUAUCACUGACUUUUCCCAUUAAAAUAAAUGCAUUUUAUUGUUCCCAAGUAGUUUCUAACCUUUAAAAAUCCCUAUUUCAGCAUUGUUAAGAUUGAUGAUUUAUGAGUGGCUGCCCGCUAUCACUAACAAGGUACUUGAAGUUUUUGGUGGAAUAUACAGUUGGAAUUGAUUACAUUGAGGGCUUUUGUUAAAAGGGAUGAUAUUUUUAAAUGCCAUUGCUUAAUAGAAUGCAUGGUUAAGCAUUCAAUGCUAGGUUAACUAAUAUAUAUGUAUCGUAUGUUGAACUUCUUUCACACUGUACAUAGCCAACCGUACUAAUCGGGGGUGCGGGAAAUAUUAGCGGUACAGUUUUCACAAGAUAUACUCGUGUGUUAAAUAAAUUAAAGCACCAUAUAUUUUGCUUAUAAUUAUACAAACAUCCAAUUUCUCUUAUUUUUACAAAAGAUAGAAUAAGCAUGCAAUUUUAAGUUUGGUGCUGUUUCUUUGGCCUAACAAUAAAGUAAUACCUAUUUUUCAUGUGAAUGAAAUAUUUAAACUUGUGUGUUACAACACAUGGGGUUGCUGCUGCUUAUUUAUAUUAUUAAGAUGCAUCACAAAUUGCUUUAAAAAAACAUUUUUAACAGGCAAUAAAUAACUUAGAAAUGUGAAGCAUGAUUUAUUUUCAGAUUUUGGUGUUGCUGAAGCUGUGCACGCCUAAAUAUUCACUUUUCUUUUCGUGAAAACAAAACGUGUGCUCAACCUUUCACCGCUAACAACAUCGCAGUCGUUAUGGAAGAGCACUUAAAUACUAAAGUACCGUACACAUCUUGAAAUGGUCGUUUCUGUAAGCCAAAAAUGUACAGUACAAUUUCAAAUGUACAUCUAAUUGUACCGUACAUGACAUAGCCAAGCGAUCACUUGUGUAAAAAUGUACUUGUGUGAAAAUAAUCAAGCAUGCAACACUGAAUUUUUCUGCUUAUUUUUGCUUACUAUUUUGUGAAUGUAAAAAAAAGUUUAUUCAUGCACACGUGUGGAUCCACUUGAUAUAAGUGGUAAGUCGUGACACAAGGCUUUUGUUUGUGCAAUGUAGUACGCUAGCAUCGCUCGUAGCAAUAGCGUUCCAUGGGUUAUAUGUGCAGUGUUAUUCAAAAGGUAAAUCAUGACCCUCAGCAUCUGUCGAAGGGAAAAAGAUAUUUGCACAUUUUGCAGUUCAUUAUUCAUUUAAGUGCCGAUUAUUACGUGUAAAUUAGGUCUACAUUGUAGUACGUUACUGUGCACAGGUUGUACCACAAGAAGAGUUUUGUCAGAAACUGCCAUUCCUGAACGUGGCAUAUAACCAUUGAAAAGUACGGUAAAUUAUGCAAAUCGAUUGUUGGUUUGCCAGUGUGCUGAACGGUGGUUAUGUAGGCAACGUUUGUGGGUGUCUGAAGAAUCAUUCUCGUGAGUAAGUGUGUGAGGAGCCAUCAAGAAGCGUUUGAGAAUCGGUUACUGCAGUUUAUUUUGUAACAUACUGUCACACCAUAUGGUGCUUCAGAAUAAAUCUGGAGUUAAUUGAUGUUUUUGGUCAGAAUAUCCCAUUGGCAAAUUGUUUUCUCUGUUAUCUUCUAAAGAGCAGACAUUGCACAAAAAUUGGAAAAAAAAUUGAGUUGAAAAAAAAUCGUGUCCUAGUAAACUAAAUGCAAAACUGUUACACAAAAAAAGUAGUCGGCCAAUAUAUACGCUGGGUAAUUAAUUGUAAGUGCAUGUCGCUGACUUUCCAUAUAAAUUACUGCUUCCAUAUAAAUUACUGCCUCAAGCUUUAAUUACAUGGUCACAUUUGUUAACAAAUUAAUUCAUGACUUGAGUAAUUUUUAAACUUAAAACAUUUUGGCUAUGACUUGAUAUUCCAGUGUCCAGUCGGCCAAAAUCCUCGUGUAUCCUGUAAAUAUAUUCAGACCGCAGGCCUAGAUCUGAACGUCUGUUAAUUCUUGAUCAGAUUUUAAAGUAUAUAAUGUAUACUCCCAAUAUGGAAUGAGGCAUGCAAUGGCGAUACUUUUAUUUGGGCGUUGAUCAAUGACAAAAUUUUACAAAUAGAAAACGGACUGAUGAAUAAAAAUAAGUUCCGCAUCCACAAAGAUAGUGUAAUUCGACACUGUCACUGGACAUGUUUUAUUUAUAAGCAAUUGCAAUGAAGUAAUUAUGUACCGUAUUAUGAAGCUGGAAAUGCAAGAUAAAACUAAAAUAAAUAAUAAAUCGAGGCACUCGUGUUGAAGCAUGGGAAAGCAAAAAUGAAACUGAGGCUGCUUAUAGUGAUGUAAUCAUUUAAACCUGUGCAUUACACGAACAUGUGCUUGUUUAUUUCUUGAAUUGUACAAUUGUUCUUUGAGAACCAGACCUUGAACUACAUUAAAUAUAACGAGCUGGCUUAAUUACAAUUAAUAGGCGGUUAUCAAGCAUAUGAGCCAUCAUUGUCAAAAUCGAUGUAACACAAUUCCUCAAUCGCUUAUUCCCUGGGUACGUGAGUGUCACUCUUAAUGUGGAUAAUAUACUUUCAUUGUUCUUUGUCACCAACUUUUUUUUGACCAAACUUAACUCGGGUCUGCUCCACGAUUUUUUUCUUUAAAUAAACAAAUCGUGUAAUCAGAAAACAGUCAUUUUAAUAAUGGGUUUGAAAGCUGAGUGACAUGUUUCUCUCAUUAAUUAAAGUGAAACCUUGAGAUAAGAUUAGUACUGUAAAAUGUGGAAAAAAGUAUUUUUUAUUUGGAUUUUUCUACUUUUUUUUGCAAGUACCGCACAGUAUGUUUUUAAAUGAUGAAAUUGGCCAUUUUUCUGAUGAAAUACACAUUUGUUCCUGUUUUGCCCCGGAUACUUUAUGAACAAUAAUGCCGUUUAAAUGAAGCUUGUAUAUAUUGUUAAAAUGCCUUUCUGAAAUGAAUUUAAAACAAUAUAAUAUAUAGAACUUAACCGGUACAUAUUUCUGUUCAAAUAUGUUCUCCCAAUUGAAUUAAAUGUAUGUUGAGCAUUUAAUAACCCUAUCAUUUGUAUCCUAACUGAUUGAAUGAGUCGUUUAAUGUGAAUUAUUUUAAUGAAAUUUAAAGGAAGAACUCGUGUGGUGUUUUUUUCUUCCUCAGCAACAUGUUGCACAUUCGUAUAUGGCAUUUGUGUUUUAUGCAUAGAAAGUACUUUUAAAUUGGAACAUUCAGUAGUUUGGAUAUUGCCCAAUUCCUGUUGUGCCGUAAAAUGUUGUGCCUUUUGUAUGCACUGCUACUGUUAAUGACUACUGCUUCUUGUUAUAAACAAAAUAUGCGUGCAACAACAUCACGUAUUAUAUGGCGCACUAUUUGCAGUUAAUUAUAAGCCAUCUUAAUUUACUUGGCACUGCGGAAAUAGUUGUAAAUUAUGGUGACAAUGUUGAUGGUGUACUAUUAGUGUCACUAUACUUCACAGUAAUAAUUUUUGGGUUACAAUAUAUAAUGAUACACUGGUGCAUGUGAAUUCCAUAAAUUUAUGUUUAUAGUUGACAUGUUUUAAUUGUCAAUUUGCGAGCUACUGUAUGCUGUAGAAAUGUAGUGUGUGCUUGUGAAAUACGUGUCAUCUGUUUAGCUAAAUAAAGUAUAUGAAUCAGUGUU